AUGGCGGCCGCGGCGCUCCUCCGCGGGACGGCCCCGGGCCGCGGCAGCUCCUUCUGGGGCUUGCGGCUGUGUGCGGCCCCGAGGCGCCGCCUCACGCACGGCGCAGGCCAUCCCGGCGGCGACAACGCGCACGGCUCGCCCUGGACCUGCUUCCCGCUUGGCGAGCGCGCCGUGCUGCGCGUGCGCGGGCCGGACUCAGCGCCUUUCCUCUCGGGGCUGCUGACCAAUGAGCUGCCGCUUCCGGGUACCGGGACGGGGACGACCCCGCCUGCGGCGCGCGCGGGCUACGCCCACUUUCUCAACGUCCAGGGCCGGACGCUCUAUGACGUAAUCCUGUACCGACUCCCCGAGGAGGGUGUGGAUGCGGCGAUGGGCUUCUUCCUGGAGUGUGACAUCUCCGCGGUGGACACACUGCAGAAGCAUCUGGUGUUCUACCGGGUCCGGCGGAAGGUGGAGGUGGAGCCCUGCCCGGAGCUGGGAGUGUGGGCCCUGCUGCCCAGCACCUCCGAGGCCCACAGGGCCCGGCCCCUGCAGGAGAAGGCGGAGGGGGCCACCGUCCUCACUGCUGACCCCAGGACGGCCUGCAUGGGCUGGCGGCUGCUCACCCCGAGGGAGAACUCAGCCCUGCUCCUGGUGCCCGGCAGCCGGCACGGGGACCUCCGGGACUAUCGCAGGCACCGCUACCGACAAGGCGUUCCCGAGGGGGUCCGAGACCUGCCCCCAGGAGUGGCUCUGCCGUUGGAGUCCAACCUGGCCUUCAUGAAUGGAGUCAGCUUCACCAAGGGCUGCUACAUGGGCCAGGAGCUGACAGCCCGCACCCACCACAUGGGCGUCAUCCGCAAGCGCCUCUUCCCUGUACGGCUGCACAGCCCGCUGCCUUCGGCCGGCAUCGCACCGGGCACCCCCGUCCUCACCGAGUCAGGAAAGGCAGCCGGGAAGUUCAGGGCCAGCGAGGGCGACGUGGGGCUGGCUCUGCUGCAGACUGAGAAAAUCAAGGGUCCCCUGUACAUCAAAACCUCUGAAAGUGGUCCUGUGGUCUUAACUGCUUCUGUGCCGGACUGGUGGCCCAAAGCCACCAAGUGAACCUGGACGUCCCCCUCUCAUGUUGGCCGGGCUGAGCCGCCCGUAGUGCCGUGAAGGGUGCUGGCCUGUGGAGCUCGUCCACAGCUGUGCCCUGUGCACCUCAGCAGGUAUUCCAGGGCCUUGCUGCUGCCACACCCCUGACGCCCCUGGGGGAGCCUGGGGGGUGGGGCAGCCAGCUGGCCAGCAUUUCCCAAAGUGGGCCCCUGUGAGCACCCCCUUGGGGAGUUCCUGUGU